GUCACGGGUCAGCUGACUGGUUUGUUUUGCUGGCGUCGCUCUGAUAAAAACACAGCCAGUUUAAAGGAAGCGACGACACUGAAGCCUCAUCUACACUAGGCCCGACACUUUUACAGCGAAACAAGGGCACAUCGUAUCCACGUAAACCUACGUUUUAUGCGUUUAAGCUUCUGUGCUCCCCAGAUAUAGGCCUGUAGUUGUAUUAUUUGACACCGUCGCUACCUCAGUUUUUACUUCGCCUACUGCCAGCUGACUUUGACGCAAUAUGCCUUCAGAGAAAACCUUCAAACAAAGAAGGACGUAUGAACAGAGAGUAGAAGAUGUCAGACUGAUUCGGGAGCAGCACCCAAACAAGAUCCCUGUCAUCAUUGAGCGGUAUAAAGGAGAGAAACAGCUGCCCAUCCUGGACAAGACCAAGUUCCUGGUGCCAGACCAUGUUAACAUGAGUGAACUCAUCAAGAUUAUUAGGAGGCGUCUCCAGCUAAACUCAAACCAGGCAUUCUUUUUGCUUGUGAAUGGCCACAGCAUGGUGUCUGUGUCUGCGGCCAUCUCUGAGGUGUAUGGACGUGAGCGUGACCAGGACGGCUUUCUCUACAUGGUCUACGCAUCCCAGGAGACUUUCGGCAGUGCCACCAUCCCGCAGUGAACCGCCUUUUCACGACACAUACCUUUGGACAAUGCUAGUUUUUAGUCCCCCACCCUCCCCUCCUUUUGGGUUGUACACAUAAUCCUUACUGUAAUCCGCCCAGUAACCCCGGGAGUCGACCAAAAGAGUUCAGUAGAGAAAGCUGCUUUUUAUUAUCUGACAACAGCCCUCCUAUACCCAUCAGUCACAGAGGAUAUUUCUGGUAUUGUAAUCCCUUAAUUUUAAUGUACAUAUGUUUUUAUGUAGCAAUAUCGACAUAUAUAGGAAUUCUUGGGGGAGGGUUUGCCAUUUCCCCCAAUCUACUUUUGCCACAGGAAGGAUCUUUAAUACCAAGUUUAUCAUUCCCAUUGGUGUCAUUGCGUCCCGCCUUGUCUAGCCUGAAGCAUUUUUGCUGUUUAAAUGAAGAUGUUAGGAAACAGCUU